AUGACUGAAUCAGAACAAGCUGUGGUCUCACUGCAGAACCCGACAGGAAAACAAUCAAUAUUUCACUGUGAGCAUCUCGGCUCUGACUCAGGAUGGUACCGAUGUGGACGGAGGUCAUCCUCAUCCAGAUAUUCAUACCAGGACUUUGAGCUGGUUGUUGCUGAAGCUCUGCUGGAUGGAAACGAAGUUCCUCACCUCCAUAAGGAACCUGGCAGCUCGCUGACAGUCGCCUGCUUCUUUGGUUUCUGGGGAAAAACCAAAUAUUUCUGCAGAGGAGGAUGUGAAGAAGUUCUUGUUCAGACUGAUGGAGUCGCAGCUGAGAGAGGCAGAUACAGCAUUGAAUAUGAAGGAGGAGUUCUGUAUGUGAGCAUCUCGGCUCUGACCCGGUCUGACUCAGGAUGGUACCAAUGUGGAUUGUGGACAUCUUCAUCCAGAUAUUCUUACCGAUACUUUGACCUGGUUGUUGCUGAAGCUCUGCUGGAUGGAAACGAAGUUCCUGACCUCCACAGAGACGCUGGCAGCUCUCUGACAGUCGCCUGCUCCUUUAAACGCUCUGGAAGGAAACGACAGUUCUGCAGAGGAGGAUGUGGAAAAGAUGAAGUUCUUGUUCAGACUGAUGGAGUCACAGCUGAGAGAGGCAGAUACAGCAUUGAAUAUGAAGGAGGAGUUCUGUAUGUGAGCAUCUCGGCUCUGACCCGGUCUGACUCAGGAUGGUACCGAUGUAACCUGGACUUGGAGAGAUGGCCAGAUGAAUACAGACACUUCUACCUCACUGUUACAGAUGCAGUUAAACCAACAACAACUUCAAGAAAAACAGCGACAACCAGGAGUUUCAGCUCCAGUGCAUCAAGUUUCACAGCUUCAGGUUCCUCUGCAGCCACCGACCGUUCAGCUCUGGGUGACGGCCAUCAAUCACCUGCAGACGUUCUGCUCAUCGUGGGUCUGGCUCUGGCCUUCAUCAUCAUCAUGUUGACUUUGGCUCUGCUGGUUUUCUGCAGAAGCAGAUCACAGAGACAUGACAAAGAUCCUGCUGAGAAAAGAAAGAAAACUCCUGCUGUUGAGACCAACAGAGAUUAUGAUGAAAUCAGAGAUGAGAUGAAAUCUGUUCCUGUGGAAAUCUGCACAGUUUACAGCUACGCCUCCUACAGUAAACCAGCUGCAACUGCAGCUGAUGGCGUCUGGAGCCUGGCGACUGCAGCUCUUCCUCUGGACGAGGCUGAAGAUGAUUUGACUAGACCAACCUACGCCCAGGUGAACUUCCUCAACAGAAGCUUGGACUGUCCGCAGAGACCUGACGACGUGGUUUACUCUGUUCCUCGGGUGGCUGUUGGCAGCCAUGUUGGAGAAGAGUCUCUGUACUCCAACACGGCGUAGCUUCAGGACCGCAGAGAGAAACCGGCUUUGGUCUGGUCAAAGCUGAAACGGCAGACGAUCCACUUUAGCUUCUUUUUAUCCAUUUAUUAUCAUAUGUGACCUUUGAUCUUUCAAGUCGCCUUUCUUUCCGAUUCAUUUCAGACCAAGUCUGGUUUGGUCAGAUCGUCUUUGCCUGGUGGGGGG